AUGGGGUCUAGCAAAUCAGGACCGCCAGACAGCGUUGUCUACGCACAGCAACGCGAGCGCGAGGCGGAAGAGUUCCAGCGCAAGAAGGAGGAGAUCCUCAAGGACUCUCAACGUGACCGCACAGCCACCCGCUUCACCACUGUGGCUGAGAGCGUCGAUGAACAGCUAAAGCUGUCGACGAUCGGUCUCGUCACCCUCGAGGACUUUAGGAAUACAAAAGAGGGCAUUGAGGAGGAGCAGCGCAAGAUUGCUGCAAAGACCGCCGCGGACAAGGCCGCAUCUGUCAAGCGUCCCAAAAAGGCAAAGAGGAAAGAGAAGGCAAAGCUCUCCUUUGCAGACGAUGAGGAGGAGGAUAUUCUCUCGGCCGUUUCAAGCCCUGGUGGCAAGCGGGGACGAGACAGUGACGACGACCCUGCUCCCAAGAAAAAGCUCACCAAGAACCCCAACGUCGACACGUCCUUCCUCCCUGACCGCGAACGCGAGGCCAUCGAGCGUGCCGAGCGCGAGGAACUGCGCAAGCAAUGGCUCGAAAAGCAGGAACGUAUCAAGAACGAGGAUAUCGAGAUCACUUACUCGUACUGGGACGGCAGUGGACACCGCAAAAGUGUUGAUUGCAAGAAGGGUGACGACAUUGCGGCCUUUCUCAGCAAGUGUCGUGCCCAGAUCCCCGAGCUGCGCGGGAUGGGUAUUGACAAUUUGAUGUAUAUCAAGGAGGACCUCAUCAUACCACAUCAUUAUACGUUUUACGACUUCAUCAUCAACAAGGCGCGCGGCAAGUCGGGCCCCUUGUUCAACUUUGACGUGCACGACGACGUGCGUAUGCUUGCGGAUGCCACCAAGGAGAAGGACGAGAGCCACGCUGGUAAGGUCGUCGAGCGCAGCUGGUACAACCGCAACAAGCAUAUCUUCCCUGCUUCCCGGUGGGAAGUGUAUGACCCGGACAAGGACUACGGCACCUAUAAGAUUGCAUGA